CACACAGCCUGAAUGUGGCCGCGUCGGGACGCAAACGGCGGACGAGGCUCCAGUGCCGCUGACAAUGAGGGAAACUACUGUGUAGCCGUGACAAACGCACAGCUGUACCAAGCUUACCCUACGGUGGCUGUCAACAAUCACAACGACGCGGCCUUUCGACGACGCGGAACGGUAACUCACAAGUGGCGGCGCACGAUCAGAGUUCAUGAAAACGCGAUGGAAACAGAUGGAAACGAACGGACAAAACUGUCACUAGAUGGUGCUCGGGUAUCGGAGGGCGUUGUAUGGAUCUGUAACUGGUUGGACCACAGAAGCUUAUUUCAAUGGAUAGGAGUGCCUACAUUAUAGAUGGAAAAAAUGAAGAAUGAUUGCCUCGAGCUAUUGGCGUGAGCCAAAACGUCGGAACUGUGCAAUAUCUUAAGCACUCGACGAAGUACGAUGACUUCUGCGGCGAGUAGAAAUCUCUCGGGAAAAUCACAAAAAGGAUCUGAAAAGAAGUCACAAAUGGCCGUAGCCGAGAAUCGAUAUUGCAACGCGACAAGUAAAAGUUUCCGAGGUUGGAGGAUCUGCCUUCACGAUGAGUCAGCUGACGAACGGUAUCUGGUCGACCUUUUACGAGAUCGAUGCCUGUAGAUUUUAAGGCGUAUCACGACAUUUUAAUCCCUAAGAGUGAGUCAAGAAAAAAUUC